CUGUUGGACACAAUGACGGAAGCGUAAAGGAUUCUGAUUGGCUAAUCCCCCUGCGUUGGGCACAAAAAGCGUCUUCUGAUUGGCUGAACGUCGUCCUGGCAUCCUUCCUGAGGCUGGCAGUGGCAGCCCUGCAGGCUUCACAGACCGACAGUCUCUAUGCUGUGGGAGCCAUGUUGAUGCCUGGUUUUGUGUUAACCGCUGCACUUUGGAUGGUUUAAGGACUGCGUCUUGAGGACUGAGAGCCUUAGCGGUGAUCCAAGGACCGCAAUGAAAAGUGGGGAGCGGUUUGGGAUGGUACAGGGAGCGCCAAAGGAAAGCUGCUCUUAGGUCACCGGACAUCUUUUAGUUGAAUCAAAGCAAGUGAAGUUGAUGCGAGUUAGCCUGAUAGCUAGGUAGCAACAGCUGUGCCGACGCUGUGGAAUGCGACUUGUGGACUAAAACAAAACCAUCUUCUCUGCGUGUUGUGUUUUGUUGGGCUAACGUUAGCCUAACUGCUAGACAUUGUGCCUGGGGUAACAAUGGGGCUGUUGGAUCCGUGCUAGCUUGCUCAAGUUGCCUUUGUAAACCGAGCUAACUGUUAGCUAACGUUAGCAUGCUGACAGUCAGCUCGCGUCUUCAGUCACGACCAACAUUUGCUAGCUGAGUGGACUCUGACUUAUAGUUACUUUGAUACAGUCUGCCAGUUGUUGAGCACUGUGUUGUGUGACUAAAGCCACCAAAAAAUUCCGAACGGUAAUAUGGCGAUCCAUCCAGUCUCUGUGGGAAGCUACCGAUUCGCCUGCCCAUCUUGCCAAGGAGCAGCUAGCAGGCUAGCAGCAUAACUUUCCUUUGACGGUGUCACUAAGAAGCUGAAGACCCCACUUCCUCACUAGCCGACUUCUCGUACCUGAAGCAAGCUGGCGGCCCUCCGAGUAGAAGCCGAGGACAAGGAGCUGGGGCCGAUGGCCUGGGUGCUGAAGAUGGACGACGCCACCAUAGAGUCGGGGCUGGUGCACGACUUCGAUGCCAGUCUGUCCGGCAUCGGACAGGAGCUGGGGGCUGGAGCCUACAGUAUGAGCGAUGUGCUGGCCCUGCCAAUCUUUAAGCAGGAGGACACCAGCCUUCCUCCUGAAAAUGAGACCAAAAAUCCCCCAUUCCAGUAUGUGCUGUGCGCCGCCACGUCGCCUGCUGUCAAGCUGCACGACGAGACGCUCACGUACCUAAACCAAGGCCAGUCUUACGAGGUGCGUAUGUUGGACAACAGGAUGCCAGGGGAGUUACCAGAGCUCAACAACAAGAUGGUGAAGAGCGUAGUUCGAGUGGUGUUUCAUGACCGCCGGCUGCAGUACACAGAGCACCAGCAGCUGGAGGGCUGGAAGUGGAAUCGUCCUGGGGACCGUCUUCUUGACAUCGAUAUCCCCAUGUCAGUGGGCAUUGUGGAGCCGAAGACUCACCCCUCCCAGCUUAACGCAGCAGAGUUCCUGUGGGAUCUGAACAAAAGAGCUUCUGUUUUUGUGCAGGUGCACUGCAUCAGCACAGAGUUCACUCCCAGGAAGCACGGAGGGGAGAAGGGCGUCCCCUUCAGGAUCCAGUUUGACACGUUCGCCCAAGGAGACAAUGGAGAGUACUCAGAGCACCUCCACUCUGCCUCCUGCCAAAUCAAAGUCUUUAAGCCAAAGGGGGCAGACCGUAAGCAAAAGACAGACAGGGAGAAGAUGGAGAAACGCACAGCUCAAGAGAAGGCAAAGUACCAGCCUUCUUAUGAUACCACUAUCCUGUCAGAGACAAGGCUUGAACCUAUCAUAGAGGAUGCGGGUGACCAUGAACUGAAAAAGUCCAGCAAACGGACACUUCCCGCUGACUGUGGAGACUCCCUGGCCAAGAGAGGCAGUUGCUCCCCAUGGCCAGACAAGGCCUACGUCAGCCCCAACCAGGCAGCUACUCCCUCCUUCUCCUCCACCCCGCUGUCCACCUACACAACCUCCUCAGUACCGGACAGCGAUUCGUCCUCACCCAAUCACCAGGCAGACCCUGGCAGCCAUGGCAAUUCAGAGCAGUUGAGCCCCACUGCUUCUAUACAGGAUGCACAGAAGUGGCUGCUGAAAAAUCGCUUCAACUCCUACACACGACUCUUCUCUCACUUCUCAGGUUCUGAUUUGUUAAAGCUAACCCGGGACGACCUGGUCCAGAUUUGUGGGCCAGCAGAUGGGAUCAGACUCUUCAAUGCACUUAAAUCCAGGUCGGUGCGUCCGAGGUUGACCGUGUAUGUCUGCCAAGAGUCUCCUCGGGAGAGCCACCUGCUGGAGAGACAGGGCUCCAAUGAAAACGGAGAACACAGCGUUUCCUCUAGUUUACAUGUGUAUCAUGCUCUGUACCUAGAGGAGCUCACAGCUGCAGAGCUGAUCCGCAAGAUCGCGUGCGUGUGCAGCCUUCCGCUGGGAACGAUCAACCAGGUGUAUAGACAGGGUCCUACAGGCAUCCACAUCCUGCUCAGUGAUCAGAUGGUUUACAACUUGCCUGACGAGAGCUGUUUUUUAAUCAGCACUGUCAAAGAUGAACUGGGCGAGGGACUCCAUCUAAUCCUGAAGUAGUGAGGAGGACAGAUGGCAUCGCUAAUACUCCACCCUCUGUUUUGGAGCAGAAGCCUCCCUCUGUCCCUCUCUGCCUGCCUCCGCUCCUUCCUCGCGCUUCCUCCUGUUCUCUCUAAACGCUCGCUCGAUGGAAAGCGGAGAGACUGUGCUAAAGCCAUGUAAAUGUUAGAAUCUGACAUGGGUGUGUCCACUGUUUCAUAUUGAAAACACUAUUAACGGAGGAGAUGGGGUGAAAGACAAGAGACUGGGGGAGGUGUGUGAUGUAUGUAUUUUGAUUUUUGUUUUAUUUAGUUGUCUUUUUAUAUGGUUUCUGUGGGAGAGGGCAUGGGGGGAGGCUCCAGGAGAGAGGGGAGAGUGACAUUCUGGCCAACAGGAAUGAGAAAGAAAGCAGAGUUUCCUUAUUGCUCGUUGCCCUUCUUACACAACGUGCACAACCAGCACUAGGCCAGUAUUUGAUAACCUGUACUGCUGAACAGCAUGUGAUCUCAACAUACUAACUUGCUUAAAGACACCCCCCCUCCUUUACUCUGCUUGUUUAACAUUCUUGGUGGGGGUUCUCUUAAUAAACCAUUUAUCGAUCCACCAAGCUCAAUAGCCCCCUGAAAUACAAGGCUAAAUUUGUGGAAGUGGCGUCAUUUGAGGUUGUUGACGCCAGCGUUCAGUUACUUUUUUUUCUUGGACUGAUUUCACUUGUCAUACAGAAGUCGACCUGUGUGAUUUUUACCCUUCCAGCCAUAUCUCUCUCCUGUUGGAUACCAUGUCCGACUCAGAUCAAUUCUCUUCAUGUAUGUCCUGUUUGGCUUGCGCUUUUACUUUUUUAGUUAAUGCUUUAUUUAUGGAUCAGCUGUUUCUCUCGCAUUCAUUGAAUUUACUUGUGUCUCGUGCCAUAUUGGCUUUUUAACUCAAUCGUUUGAUCUCGUUCACAACCACAGUGCAUGUGCACCUCGUCUUUGACUCCUCUGCUUUCUGUGCUGACUCUGAAACACUGGUUUAGAGAAGUGUGAUUUACGCCAUCUGGGAUUUUGAUCAUAAAGGUGCAAAAAAAAAAAAAAAAAAACAACCAAAAAACCCGAAAUCCUAAUGUGUGGAGCAGUAACGCCUAUCCAAAAACCUACUAUAAUGUGGACCAAAUGGGUUUCAGAUUGAUAGGCCCUUCUUGAGGAAACAUCUGGUCACUUAAAGCAUUCAUAGAAUUGAUCAGAUGGCAAAUUAAACCCUCACCUACUGGAAUUGCUUGUGUGCUGCGUGUACAUAAUAAACCCACCAUUCCAGGAUCUGCUCUGCAAGAAAACAAGCCAACACAGCAGCAGGCUAGUAGAAACGUAUCACUGCAGUAGCCUGGUUCCAAUGGUCUUACCCUGUAGUCUAGAGCGUCAUGGCAGCUCCACAUCCAUCUUCAGAAUCUUGUGUUUUUAAUGUAGCCAAACACAGGAAGUACAGCUCACGUGUUUUGAGUGCUCUUACCUUUGAAAAGUGACAGGAAGUCUCACAGGUCCUGGGAGUCACCAUCAGUUUAGUUGACCCCCUUUGAUUUGAUUUGGGUGCACAGUGUCUGGCAAUGUUGCAAGUGCAUACGGUUUGCACACCUCUAAGUGUCAGAUGGUGUGUGUGUGUGUGUGCGUGCGUACGUGUGUAUCAUUUUUUGGUCUUGCAAAGAAAACACAAAGAAAUUGUGUAUAAUUUGCUGUUUAGUAAAGAGCAUGUGUUAGAUGGGGGACAGGAGGGAGGGCGUUAUUUAUGUUCUUGGUGAUUGUAACCCCUCCUUCUUUUUCCAGUUGUUAGAGACCAAGUCUGCACUGAAGAAUCACAAAACUCAAGCUCAAUGUGUAGUCAUUAGUCCUGCAGCCACUCCCUCCUCUUAUCAGCCUAUAAAGAAAGACUGUGGAGACUAAAAAGUGUUUGUGUUUUUGUCUCACCAUGCGCCAGAGCCAGGACUGUAGCUCUUGUAGUGUUUACAAGGAUAUGAGUACCACAGCACAGUAAACCGUGUUCCUCAACUCAAAAAAAUUAACGAGCAACAGAGUGAUGCCAAGUCAGGUAAACUGGUGAGAAGUUUUAGCCCCCUGAAGUCCUGACCAGUCGUCUUUCUGUCUGUGUGACUGAAUGUGUGUGUGUGUGUUGAGUGUGAGCAGGAGAGGUGACUACUGUUCAUGUACAGCCUAAUGUCAAUGAUGAUGCUUCUCAUGUGCACAGUACAGUAUGCUGGAGAUGUACACAACCACAUGUGCUGGGAAUAAAUGAUUUCAUAACUUU